UGGAUGGGGGAGAGGGGGGAGCGGUUUCCAUUCAUAAUCCGGGAAGAGAACUUGGCCACGAGGAGGAAGAGAGAAAAAAGAGCCCUUGAGAGCUGCUCCCUACAAAACGUGCAUCGUGGUGAAAGCUGUGGGAGUCCCAGAGCUGGCCUAGUUUACUCCUCCCUCUCAGGCAGCGCCAUGGCCUCAGAGGCACCGUCCGGAUUGUCUUUUCUCUGGGAUGGAGUGGAAAGAGCAGCCGGGCAGCCCCAUCAGGAUCUGUUGCCCUUCCAGGGUCUGGUGACCUUCGAGGAGGUGGCCGUGUAUUUCACGGAGGAGGAAUGGGCCCUGCUGGAUCCCGGCCAAAGAGCUCUGCAUAAGGAAGUCAUGGAGGAGAAUUAUGAGACGGUGGCCUCUCUCGAGUCGGACCUCCAGUCGUGUUGGGAAAAAAGAAAAGAUCCUUUUAUCCAGGAUCCUAAAGACAAGGCGACAUCAACAGCAGGUGACAGGCAGAAGAAUGAGAAUUAUACAGAACCACGGAUGGUGCCACUGGUAAUAGCCAAGAGUGAAGGUCAAAAAGAGAUGUUUGGAAAUCACGGAGGACCAAAAAAGUCUGAAAGAAACCAGCCAAAGAAUGGGAGCAAGAAAUCCUCUUCUUCUCAUCAAAGAACACACACUGGAGAAACACCAUUUAAAUGCAUGGAGUGUGGAAAGAGCUUCAGUGUGAAGAAUAGCCUUAUUUCACAUCAGAGAACCCACACAGGAGAAAAACCAUUUAAAUGCAUGGAGUGUGGAAAGGGUUUCAGUGUAAAGAAUAAUCUUACUUCUCAUCAAAGGACCCACACAGGAGAAAAACCAUUUCAGUGCAUGGAGUGUGGAAAGAGCUUCAGUGUAAAGAAUAGCCUUACUUCACAUCACAGAACCCAUACAGGAGAAAAACCAUUUAAGUGCAUGGAAUGUGGAAAGAGCUUCAGUGCAAAGAAUAACCUUACUUCACAUCAAAGGACCCACACAGGGGAGAAACCAUUUCAAUGCAUGGAAUGUGGAAAGAGCUUCAGUGUAAGCAGUAGCCUUAUAUUACAUCACAGAACCCACACAGGGGAGAAACAAUUUAAAUGCAGGGAGUGUGGAAAGAGCUUCAGUCAGAAUGGUCAUCUUACAUUACAUGAAAGAACUCACACAGGGGAGAAGCCAUUUCAAUGCAGGGAGUGUGGAAAGAGCUUCAGUCGGAACAGUAGCUUUAAAUAUCAUGAAAGAACCCACACAGGGGAGAAACCAUUUAAAUGCAAGGACUGUGGAAAGAGCUUCAGUGUAAGCGGUAACCUUAAAUUACAUUACAGAACACAUACAGGAGAGAAACCAUUUCAAUGCAAGGAGUGUGGAAAGAGCUUCCGUGUUAGCAAUAGCCUUAAAUUACAUCACAGAACCCACACAGGGGAGAAACCAUUUAAAUGCAGGGAGUGUGGCAAGAGCUUCCGUCAGAGCAGUAGCCUUACUUCACAUCAAAGAACCCACACAGGGGUGAAAGCAUUUAAAUGCAUGGAGUGUGGAAAGAGCUUCAGUCGGAGCAGUAACCUUACUUCACAUCAAAGAACCCAUACAGGGGAGAAACCAUUUAAAUGCAGGGAAUGUGGAAAGAGCUUCAGUCAGAGCAGUAGCCUUACUUUACAUGAAAGAACCCACACAGGGGAGAAACCAUUUAAAUGCAUGGAGUGUGGACAGAGCUUCAGUGUAAGCAGUAAUCUUACAAAGCAUCACAGAACCCACACAGGAGAGAAACCAUUUAAAUGCAGGGAGUGUGGAAAGCGCUUCAGUCAAAAUGGUCAGCUUACUUCACAUCAAAGAACCCACACAGGGGAGAAACCAUUUCAAUGCAGGGAGUGUGGAAAGAGCUUCAGUCAGAGCAGUAAUCUUAUGAAGCAUCAAAGAACCCACACUGGAGAGAAACCAUUUAAGUGUGUGGAGUGUGGAAAGAGCUUCAGUCGGAGCUGUAAACUUACUUCACAUCAAAGAACCCACACAGGGGAGAAACCAUUUCAAUGCAUUGUGUGUGGAAAGAGUUACCGUAUAAGCAGUAGCCUUAUAUUACAUCACAGAACCCACACAGGGGAGAAACCAUUUAAAUGCAUGGACUGUGGAAAGAGCUUCAGUGUAAGCAGUAACCUUAAUUUACAUCACAGAAUCCAUACAGGGGAGAAACCAUUUAAAUGCAGGGAGUGUGGAAAGAGCUUCAGUGUAAGCAGUAAACUUACUUUACAUGAAAGAAAGCACACAGGGGAGAAACCAUUUAAAUGCAGGGAGUGUGGCAAGAGCUUCAGUCAGAAUGGUGAUCUUACAGUACAUGAAAGAACCCACACAGGAGAGAAACCAUUUAAAUGCAGGGAGUGUGGAAAGAGCUUCAGUGUAAGCAAUAGGCUUAAAUUACAUCACAGAAUACACACAGGGGAGAAACCAUUUAAAUGCAGGGAGUGUGGCAAGAGCUUCAGUCGAAGCAGUAGCCUUAAAUUACAUCACAGAACCCACACAGGGGAGAAACCAUUUAAAUGCAGGGAGUGUGGCAAGAACUUCAAGUGGAGCAGUAACCUUACUGUACAUCAAAGAACCCACACAGGGGAGAAACCAUUUAAAUGCAGGGAAUGUGGAAAGAGCUUCAGUCAGAGCAGUAGCCUUACUUUACAUGAAAGAACCCACACAGGGGAGAAACCAUUUAAAUGCAUGGAGUGUGGACAGAACUUCAGUGAGAGCGGUAGCCUUACUAAACAUCAACGAACCCACACAGGGGAGAAACCAUUUAAAUGCUUGGAGUGUGGACAGAGCUUCAGUGUAAGCAGUAAUCUUACAAAGCAUCAAAGAACCCACACAGGAGAGAAACCAUUUAAAUGCAGGGAGUGUGGAAAGCGGUUCAGUAGGAAUGAUCGCUUUAUUUUACAUCAAAGAACCCAUACAGGGGAGAAACCAUUUAAAUGCAGGGAGUGUGGAAAGAGCUUCAGUGUAAGCAGUAGCCUUACUUUACAUCACAGAACCCACACAGGGGAGAAACCAUUUAAAUGCAGUGAGUGUGGAAAGAGCUUCAGUCAGAGCAGUAACCUUACUUCGCAUCAAAGAACCCACACAGGGGAGAAACCAUUUAAAUGUAUGGAGUGUGGAAAGAGCUUCAGUCGGAGCAGUAAACUUACUUCACAUCAAAGAACCCACACAGGGGAGAAACCAUUUCAAUGCAUUGUGUGUGGAAAGAGUUUCAGUGGAAGCAGUAGCCUUAUAUUACAUCACAGAACCCACACAGGGGAGAAACCAUUUAAAUGCAGGGAAUGUGGAAAGAGCUUUAGUCAGAAUGGUCACCUUACAUUACAUGAAAGAACCCACACAGGGGAGAAACCAUUUAAAUGCAGGGAGUGUGGAAAGAGCUUCAGUGUAAGCAGUAACCUUAUUUUACAUUACAGAACCCACACAGGGGAGAAACCAUUUAAAUGCAGGGAGUGUGGAAAGAGCUUCAGUCGAAGCAGUAAACUUACAUUACAUGAAAGAACCCACACAGGUGAGAAACCAUUUAAAUGCAAGGAGUGUGGAAAGAGCUUCAGUGUAAACAGUAGCCUUAAAUUACAUCACAGAACACACACAGGAGAGAAACCAUUUAAAUGCAGGGAGUGUGAAAAGAGCUUCAGUCAAAAUGGUCACCUUACAUUACAUGAAAGAACCCACACAGGGGAGAAACCAUUUAAAUGCAAGGAGUGUGGAAAGCACUUCAGUCAGAGCAGUAGCCUUACUUUCCAUCAAAGAACACACUAUGGAUUGACUUUUUAAAUGCAUGGAGUGUGGAAAGAGCUUCAAUGUCAGCAGUAGGCUUACAUUACACCACAGAACACACACAGGGGAGAAACCAUUUAAAUGCAGGGAGUAUGGAA